AUUAAAGCAUGCUUAAUGUCAACAGGAUAAAACACAAAACCUCUGAGUUGUUUUUCUGCAGUGAAAGCUUUAUAAUGUAGUGAAGUAGAUCCUGGUGUAGGAUUUUACAUGAUGUCCACAAAUGCACCACUAACAUCCACACCUUCCCAGUUGACAAUUAGCAGGCUUAUAAGAAACAGCUGAGCUUCACUACCAGAAGGAGUCAUUUGGCAGUCUUGUCCAUCCAAGGUGGUUGAGAGCAUUAGGCAGUUAAGCGCUGCAGAUCUCUCAAGGAAAGCUACUCAGUUUAGUAUUGCCCUUUAGAGAGUGGUAAGUGGGACUCUUGUGUUCAUCAUAACGUGGCAUAUAGUAGGGUGGACUUUGACAACUGUUUCCCUCUUUUGUUGCAGGUUUGCACUAUACUGCUGCUGUCUUCUCUUAUGCUGUUUUGCUUGUUAUGCGAUGCUUUUAUAACGAACAGUAAUUUGGGGUGUAUUUGUUUUAUGUAGACCUUUUACUAAUUUGUUUAACGUUUUAUGCUUUGUUUUAUUGCUUUAGUGAAGGUACGGCCGCUUGUUGAGGGGCUUGAGGUGGAAUCCCCUCCCCGAUGCAUGCGAGUGUACACACCGGGCAUAGGUAGAUUGCACCGUUUAGUGUGAGUGAGGUCUGCAGUGAAAUCACACGGGUGAGUAAUUGGUGGCACCCUUGGGCACUCCUCCCUGUAGGUUGCCUCCUCAAGUGGCCGGUCUCCACUAUUUUGUUUAGUUAUUCUUACUGUCAUUGUUUUUAGGGUAGCAUUGUGGUAGGGAGUCUGGUCGUUUUAAUCAUCGGUUGUUAAUAAAGUGUUUUAAUUAACUAUUUUGCCGUCUCAACCCUGCUACCUUAGGUGCCUUUUUGAUUUUAUAAUUCUAUGUUUUUAGUAGUUCUUAAUAAACUUUGAUUUGUAAAAUUCAUCUGUCUCACCUCUGCCGUUAAUAACGAGUCUGUGGGCUUUGGUAGCCAGUGUAACACUUACUUUGGCCAGAGAAAUCUUUCCUGGGGUGUAACUCCCUCCCCCAGGUGGCGUUGUCAACAUCUUAGUUACCGUCCCCGGUUAUUCCUCAAUGGCGCCACCACAAUGAGUACAAUUUCCUAAAUCUCCUAACUCUUUUAUUGGCAGUGCUGUUCUUAACACUUCUUGAUUCUGAAUACUUCUUUCACCACUAGAUGGCCUAUGUCACCUAUUUUACAAAUUACUAAAAUACAUUUAGAGGAAGGGCCAUGGAAGAAAGUGCCAUCCCCUCUGUACUUAUAGUUCAGCUCUGCACGUCCCUUCUCAUUGCUCUACAAGACCACAGUGUCUGCAUAAUAUUGUCAAAUCUUACAUUUCAAUCGGCCAAAGCAAAGAUGUGGAGCCUCCAAAACCUGCUUUUCAUCCUCUGCAUUGCUCUGAGAUGUGUGACCAGUGCAGUAGGGGUGAUCCAUGUGACUGGAUAUGUGGGGGGAGAGGUUAACGUUUCCUGCUCUUACAAUGAGGGUUAUGAAUCUUAUGAAAAGUACCUGUGUAAGAAUGGCUGUGGUAGUGACGAUGUUCUUAUUACAACAUCAAACUCCGUGAAAAACAAAUACAGGAUCCAUGAUGACAAAACGGCACGAAUCUUCACAACGACCAUCUCCGAUCUUCAAUCUGUGGAUGCUGGGAAAUAUUGGUGUGGAGUGAGCAAAAAUUGGAACGAUAUCUACACUGAAGUCGACCUGAAAUUAGUAUCAGACAGCUGCUGUGACACUGUGACCAAAGUUCAAAGUUAUGAGGGACACUCUGAGUCUGUCAGUUGUCAGUAUGAGUCUCAGUACCAGAACAGUCUGAAGUACAUCUGCAGAGGAAAUCGGCCCUCCACAUGUCUGCAGCAGGCACUGAUCACCUCUGACACCAAACAAAAUGGACGAUUCAGACUUGAUGAUGACAAAGUGUUAGGAACAUUCACAGUGAACAUUAACAGUUUGACUCAUAAUGAUUCAGGGUCAUACCUCUGUGGUGUCCAAAGAAACUCUGAGCUGGAUGUUUUCUCUGCUGUUGAGCUUAAAGUUGAAGAGUGGUGCUGUGUCAAAUCAACUAAAAUAAAUGGUACUGCAGGACAUCCACUAACUUUGCAGUGUCCUUAUCCUCCACAAUAUCGGCAUAACAGCAAGUUCCUCUGUAAGGGAGACCACCGCAACAAUUGCACAAAGAUGGCGGUGAGUCAAAGGAGGUUCACACUGCAAGAUAAUGCUACUUCCAGUUCUUUCAUGAUAAAGAUCACAGCACUGGAAGCAGAUGAUGCUGGGACAUACUGGUGUGGGACAGACUCACAGUGGAGAGUUGGAAACUACACCAAGAUUGAGCUGUCAGUCUUUCUGCAGCACACCAGCACUGUAACUCCCGGCACCACUGUGGGAACAAGAAUCCCAGAUGCAGCACUCUAUGUGGUUUACACAGCACCCGUUGCGCUGCUGCUAAUGUGUGUUCUAGUAAUUGUUUAUAAGUACAGAUGUCUCAAAGAAGCUGAUGAAACCACAAGCAAACAUAAACCCAAGGCAAAGAGCUCAAAGGAAGUGAUGGGUGCAACAGGAAGCAGAAUUUAUGGAAAUCAAGAAAGUGUUUUGACCUACAAAAAGCAACGCGCCUGUAGCCACCAUGAAGAUCCAGGUAGAAAUGAAGAGGUCUAUGCAAACAUGCCCACAACAGAAGAAAUCUACUGUAAUGAAAGUUUCCAUAAUAGAAAAACAUGAAUUGAGUUCACAACUGUGGUCUGUAUAUUCCAUUUCAUUAGUAUUCCUUAGUGUUCAUAAAACUUUCUACUCUUUUUAAAAUAAAAAUGUAGAAUUCUCCAAACGUAAAUUAUCAACAUGAGUGUGAACUAAAUGAAAAAGAAAAGUAAAAUAAAAUACAGUUUGGUGAAACAUAAUAAUACAUUUAAUAGUACACUGAUUUAUAUCCAUUUUCAUUUAUUUUACCUAAUUAAACUUAAAUCACCACAACUGCUUUUCCAAUUAACAGAGUUUUGUACUAAAAAAAACAAAAAGACAGACAUACUUCAGAAGAGCCAGGAUAAUCAACUUCUUUCCAACUGGAUUGUAGUGGAAAGUAUAUCACAGGGGUUCAAACUGUAAAAUAUAAAAACCACACAGCACAGUUUUACACUACACCUUGGGAGUCGGUAUGUUACGUAAAGGAAAAAGCAUCAGAAGGUUCUCCAAGAACAAAUACUUUCUUGUCUGUAGUCAUGAAAAUAUUAAAACGCUGAAUUUGCCAGGAUCUACUAAAGAAAACAUGAAGUUCUUUUGUAAAUUAUGGCCACGUGGUAACACGGUGGUGUGGUGGUUAGCACUAUUGCCUCACAGCAAGAAGGUCCUGGGUUUGACUCCGCUGACCAGGGCCUUUCUGUGUGGCGUUCGCAUGUUCUCCCCGUGUUUGCUUGGGUUCUCUCCAGGUACUCCAGCUUCUUCUCACAGUCCAAAGACAUGCAGUUAUGGGUGUUAGGUUAGGUUAACAGAUGAUUCUGGGGAUGGAGACAAUGGUUGUCUGUCUCUCUGUGUUAACCCUACGAUAGACUGGCAACCUGUCCAGGGUCUAUCCUGCCUCUCGCCCUAUGACAGCUGGGAUAGGCUCCAGCAGGCAAACCCUGACGAGGAUAAGCAGAACACAAUGGAUGGAUGACCAUUAUUAGAAUAACAAUAGAAGAUUCACUACAAUUUGUUUAUUUUCUCAUGACGUGUAAAUCACUGGUUGUCUUCUGUGUAAGAAAACCAUGUUAAUGAUGGCAUGCACAUGUAUGUAGCUGUGUUUGUGUUACAGUUUGUGUAACUUUUGUUAAUUAAAAAACUCUGCCGCUUUCAUCAA